CUGGCAAUCGCGCACAAUAUAAACAGACUUCAUUCAAAAUUCGUAAAGGCUUCUCCGCCUCGUGGAUCUAUUUCCAUACCACCAAGUGAGGUUUGCAAGUCUCCCACUUUGAGCUCCAGCUUCUCGGCCGGCUAGGGCGAGACACUAGGACCGGAGCACGGAGCACUUGCCUAUCCCAGAUUAUGUCACGUGCUGGCGUACUCCGUUUGUCCCCAUAUAAUCUCGCGUUGCGCGUCGACCUUCCUCCAACUUCCUUCUGCGAACACAACAUUUUGUCAACACCAACACACAGGUACCGCAUGCCAACACUUCGACAUCUUCAUGCGCUCGGACUCUAAAUUCCUCCAGACAAUAUGUCGUCGAUUCAUCAGUUGAGCAUCCUUGGGGUUCGCUCCUUCGACAACCGCGGCCUUGGACAAACCAUCGAGUUCAAGGCACCGCUAACCCUUAUCGUUGGCUAUAAUGGAUCGGGAAAGACGACCAUUAUCGAAUCACUCAAAUAUGCUGCCACUGGCGAGUUCCCUCCGAAUGCCGCCAAAGGAGGCGCAUUCAUUCACGACCCAAAACUCACUCUAGAUCCCGAAGUGCUCGCGAGAGUCAAGAUGAGUUUCUACAACGCUCAGGGCCACCAGCUGGUCAUUGUCAGGAGAGUUAGUUGCACCCUCAACAACAACAAGAAGACAUAUACUCAAAAGACCCUUGAUUCAAGUCUUGUCAUCAAGACGGAUGGUGGUGAGAGACAAAGUAUAUCAGGCAAACGCCUUCAGAUGGACAAGGCUGUGCCACAAUACAUGGGAGUGUCCAAAGCUAUCCUAGAGAACGUUAUCUUCUGCCACCAAGAAGAAUCUCUCUGGCCUAUGAGCGAACCGUCCAAGUUGAAGGUUAAGUUCGAUGAGAUAUUCGAGGCACAGAGAUAUACCAAAGCCAUUGAUUCUCUCGUCAAGUUGAAGAAGAAAUACGCCUCAUCCUUGAAAGUACUCGAAAACGAAGGAAAGCAUUCUAAGGAGAAAAACAACAAAGCCAAGAGAGUUUCAUUGAAGAUCAAGAGUCUUUCGGAAGGAAUCUUGGCGAAGAAUGACGAAUUAACGAUUCUGGAUAGAGACAUAGCCGAAGCCCUCAAGCUGUACGAGGAGAAGACUCGACUCCACAACGCGUCGUUGGCCAUCGUCAAAGAGCUUCAAAUCAAGCAGGAGCGAGAAGUCAGCAUCCAGUAUACUUUGGACACUCUCCAAACCCAUCUUGAAAUGCGGGACGACUCUACUGCCGAGCUUGAGUCGACACUUGCAGAGUUUGACGAGCGAAUGCUCCAGUAUAACCAGCAAGCCAGUUCGUUUCAGCAACAGUAUAAAGACAUCCAGGACUCGCAAACUACCUCUCGAAGCCAACUUUCCAAAAAGCAAGUAGAGAAAGGCCGACAUGAUGCUCAGAAGAAAGCCCAUGAGGACAAUCUUCAAAGUCGAGCUGAAAUUGUUAGAGACGCAGCACAAAGCCACUCCUUACGAGGCUACGAGGGUGGUCUAGACGAGGACCAAAUCGCAGAAUUCAUUGCUCGAGUGAAGCUUAUGAAUGUGCAAAAGGAUAAUGAACUCUCUGGUCUCCGAGAUACCACCCAAAAAGAGGCCCGUCAGCAUCAGGAAUCCAUUACUAAAAUCGAGAAUCGCAAGUCAGGUCACAGCCAUGACAAGGAGUCUGCGAAACAACAGAUCAAGGUCAAUGACAAGAUGAUUCGUGAGAGGCAGUCCGAAAAGGACGCGAUUCACAUGGAUGAGGGCAAGAAAGCAAUUCUUGAUGCGUCUUAUCAGGAUUCAAAAGAGCUGCUUGAGAACAUCCAAUCCGCCUACGAAUUGGCAGGCUGGGACACGAAGUUGGCGAGGCAAAAGGAUUCUUUGAGUGAGUUGGAGGGAGAAUUAACCAGACUUGGCCAAGAACUUAUGCAGCGGACCAAGACGAUGAAUGAGACUGCAGCCCUUGAACUCGCCAGAAAAGAGACGCAACAAGCCCAAAGUGCUCUCCAAUCCAUGAUCUCGACGUAUGGUGAGCAGUUGAAUAAGGUUGUCGGUAAAGAUUGGACCCCGGAAAGUCUCCAGCGCAAGUACGAAGUUGCACUUGAACAGAUUGAGGACCGCUUAACGGAGAAGAAGAAGCUCAAGGAACGUGCCGAUAAAGUCUACGAUGAACACAACAUCAAACUCGAGAUGCUCAAGUCAGAUCUCAUCAAGAAGGAUGCAGAAAUAGAGAGCUGCAAGGCUGCUGUCCUUGCCAGUAUAAAGUCGUCAGAUGGAAAGCCGAUCACUGCCGUUGACGAGUACUUGGUGGAAUUGCAUGCUUUAGAGGCAGACCGAGAGGAGGCUCAGAAGGAUCUCAAUUCGGCUUCUGAGGUUUCGGGCUUUUAUAGAAAGGCUCUAGACACUGUCGACAAGCAGAAUUGCUGCAGACUUUGCGAACGAACCUUUGUAAAUCAGAAAGAGAAGCUUUCUGCGGCCGACAAGUUAAAGAAACUUCUAGAAAAAUUCGUCAAAGAGAAGCUGGAAGAGGAUCUCAAGAACAUCAAUGCAGAACUCAAGGAAGCUCAGAAGGUGCACCCUCGAUAUGACAUCUGGAAGCAACUGGUCGAAGUCGACAUUCCAGCCAUCAAGCAGGAAAUCCAGGCCAUGGAAGAGAAGAGCGAACCCCUCAUCUCACGUUGCGAAAAGCAGGACGACAUUGUAAGCAACGAAGAGUCUUACAAACGAGACGUGUCUCUUCUGAGGAACACUGUUGCCGAUAUCACCAAGUACUGCGCAGAUGUGACCAAGCAAAACGACCGAGUCACUCUACUGUCGUCUCAACAGAACCUCACCGGAAGCUCGUUGACCCUUUCAGAGAUUGAAGACCAACAGGCAACUUGCGGUAGCCAGAUCAAGACUGCCAAAGCCAAUGUUGAAAAGAUCACUGCGGAUAGAGAUGCUGCUAAGACCGAGAUCUCUGCUCGUGAACGACAAGUCGCCACUCUUUUAAAUGAGGUCAAUUCAGCUCAGUACCAACUAGAAAAGAAGCAAGCUCUGUCCGACGCCAUCAAGAACCUACAAGCUAGCAAUCUUGAGCAGAAUAAAGCCAUCAAACAUGCAAGCAAGAAUCUCGAGUUGAUCGAGCCAGAGCUGUCGACAGCACGAGCCCUCCGUGAUGAUGCGCUGACCCGUGGCGAACGCAAAGCUGAUGUUGUCCGAGCAGAUAAGAACAAGCUUAGCCAAACAGUCAAUAAGUUAGAUUUGAUUGAGACUAGCAUCGACAAUUAUUUGGCAUCUGGCGCACAAAGCAAGCUCGCAGCCUGUGACAGAGCAAUCGAGGCCUUGGACCAAGACCUGAAGCGCUAUGAGAAGGAACUCCAGGACCUCACGACAAAAAGCAAUAGGAUCAAAGGGCUGAUCGCUGAUAGCAGUGUCACUAAGAGGAACAUCCAGGAGAAUAUCAAGUAUCGGAAAUCCCUCAAGGAUCUAGAGGAUAUUCAACGACAGGUCAAUGAACUUCAGGCUCGAGAUACCCAUGAUGAGGCUAAGAAGCUCACGAAGGAAGCACGCGCUGCCGAAACCCGUUGGCAAGUACUCAAAUCUAAGAAAGAAGCGCUUUGUGCUCAGAUUGCUGCCGAGGACCGACAGUAUAAGGAGGCUAUGCUCGAGUGGGACCAGGAAUACGCUGGAGCUGCUCAGAAAUGGCGCGAAGACAACGUCAAGGUCCAGACGACUCAUGCGGCCGUUGAAGAUCUGCAAAAGUGUACACAAGCAUUGGAUCGAGCCAUCAUCCAGUUCCAUACUAUGAAGAUGGAAGAGGUCAACAGCAUUGCAGCUGAACUCUGGCGAAGCACGUAUCAGGGUACCGACGUUGAUACGAUCAUGAUCAAGUCCGAGGAUGAUCAAACCACGACGACGGCGAGUAACACGCGGAAGUACAAUUAUCGCCUCGUCAUGGUCAAACAAGAUGCCGAACUGGAUAUGCGAGCUAGAUGCAGUGCUGGUCAAAAGGUUUUGGCCAGCAUUAUCAUUCGUUUGGCUCUUGCCGAGUCUUUUGGUGCCAAUUGUGGUGUCAUUGCUCUUGACGAACCGACGACAAAUCUUGAUACUGAUAAUAUCAAGGCUCUUGCACGCUCACUGAACCAGAUCAUCAAGAAUCGCAAGCACCAGAAGAAUUUCCAACUCAUCAUCAUCACCCACGACGAGGCAUUUAUUCGAGAGAUGAAAUGCAGGGAGUUUACGGAUGAGUACUGGCGAGUCUAUAGGAACGCUGACCAAAACAGUGAGAUCAAGAAGCAGGAUCUGAGUGUCAUCGACGACGACUAAUUGAUGUCUCGGGAGUUUCGGGGAGCGUAAAAGUAUCUGAUUUUUUUCCUGGCAUUUUGGGCGCAGCAUAAUGGUAUGGCAUGGCAGGCGUUAGCUAAUGGGCAUUUGGGUGGGAUGUCGAGCACUGUGGGGACUUUGCUAAUACCAUAAUGAAGAAAUGUAAUGAAAUCUUUGCAUUAGAACUAAUGCAGAUUUGCAUUUGCCGGCC